AUGGAUCCUAAUAAGCAAUGGAUGCAACUAGUGGACCAUCGGCUCGAUGAAACCUAUUUAGUAGGCGUGCAAAUAUUUUUGGAUUAUGCUUUUGAAAGAACAGGAGAAGAAUAUGAAAUACGAUGUCCAUGUGUCAAAUGUUACAAUACAAAUUUAGGAACUCGUAAAACGGUUGAGACACAUUUGCAAGUAUUUGGAAUAAUUAAGAACUAUACUUUUUGGUAUUACCAUGGAGAACGUUUGGGUGAGCCAUUGUCGGAAUCUGAAUCCAAAUUUGAAUUUGCAUUUGGAGAUGGUGUUGAAGUAGAAGAAUGUGAGAGUGAGGAUGAAGUAGAAGAACUAUUGAGAGAUUUAUACCCUAAUCUUGAUGGAGGAACUACACACGCUAAUGGUGAUGAUUUACUUGAGGAAGAACCAAAUGUUGAAGCAAAAAGAUUUUACAGCCUAUUGAAGGAUUUCGAGCAGCCACUAUAUCAAAAUUCCAAAGCUUCAAAGCUUUCCUCUUUGAUUAAAUUGCUUCACAUCAAAAGUAUGGGUUGUUGGAGUAAUGUGUCAUUUACAAUGUUAUUGAAAAUGUUGAAAGAGUUGUUGCCUGAUGGCGCUAAUUUGCCAAACUCAUACUAUGAGGCAAAGAAGAUAAUCAAAGAACUCGGCCUUUCUUAUAACAAGAUUGAUGCUUGUACUAAUGAUUGCAUGUUAUACUGGAAGGAGGAUAGCCAACUCGAUUCUUGGAAAAAGUCAUUUGAUGAAAUUCAUCCUUCAUUUGCGGUCGAGCCUCAUAAUGUUCGACUUGGACUUGCUAGUGAUGGAUUUCAGCCAUUCCGAAAUUCAAAAACCUCACAUAGCAUUUGGCAUGUGGUUCUUAUUCCUUAUAAUUUACCACUUUGGUUGUGCAUGAAACAAGAAAAAAUUAUUUUUUCAAUGCUUAUUCCUGGUCCAAAUGGCCCAGGAAAUGCAAUUGAUACAUAUCUUCAGCCUUUAAUAGAGGAAUUGAAGGAAUUGUGGGAGGUUGGUAUUGAGACCUAUGAUGCGUUAGCUAAAAAGAAUUUUAAGUUGCAUGCUUCUUUGUUGUGGACCAUCAAUGACUUUCCAGCAUAUGGAAAUUUAUCUGGAUGGAAUACAAAAGGAAUAUUGGCAUGUCCAUGUUGCAAUAAAGACACUUCAUCAACUCUAUUGUCUAAUGGUAAGAAGCAGUGUUAUAUGGGUCAUCGACGUUACCUUCCUCAUAAUCACAAAUGGAGGAAUGAGAAGAAGUCAUUUGAUGGUACAGAGGAGAGAAGACCCCCAUCACAAAUGCAUUCUGGUAUUGAGAUACUUAAUCAAGUGCAGGAUCUUGAAGGGCUACAAUUAUAA